UCUUGGUAAAGCUAACCUCACAACAGUGACCGCACAACGCGACGCGCUGAAACCUUGAGUUUUUGAAACAAUGGCACAAAACGAAGAAGAGUGGUCGGUCGAGUGCUCCGAUGACGAAAAGUACGGAACUGGAUCACCAAUGGCAGAAUGGACCCUAGAGCCGGAAAGUAUAGUGGCACUUAUUGAAGGCCUUGAAGCAAAUAAUCAUGUACUUGAACUGGAUUGGAAGUGUCCAGGGCGGCGUGGUCCUUCUCCUCUCCCUGCCAACAAUAGGCAACAAGAUCAUACUUCCGAGGAUUAUAAAACUGAAGAAAAGUCAGACUUUGACUUCAUGGAUGAAAUGUCAUCUCCUCGCAUGCCUGUUCGAAGAGUCGGAGAGAGUACUCCUAAAGGCAGUGCUAAGAAAAAAACUGCAAGUUUUAAUGGGGUAUUAUCAACAAUGCUGAGACAUCGUCGCUUAGAACAACAAGAAAUCAACUCAAGUCCUAAGAAAUCUGAAGCUAACUCUCCUGGCCCAAAACCUCAGAUGAACUAGUAAAAUGUUAUGAUA